AUGAGUUUCCCUAAGAGUUUUGGUUUCUAUGAAGACUUAAAAAACUUCACACUUUGUAUUACCUAAAAAUCUAACAACUAAGUUGGGUUUAUCAGCAACGCUCUCUAGAUUCACCCUACUAUUAAGUCCUGUGGAGAUAAUAUUGUCAAUAUAAGCUUUUCUCAUCAAUACGGUGGUGAAAUUACUAGCUUCACUCUCUAGUAUUAAAAGAAAAAUCCCGCUGUUGAAUUGGAAGUAAAGAGUAUUAACGGUGUUAACAAUAUUAACUCCAACGUAGUUUUCCAUUAAGAAGUUAAAACUAUUAAUUCUACUUAGAUUUACACUAACUCCUUAAAUUACUACUCUGUAAAUCACUUCUUCAAUAUUAAUCAGGAAAAAGAUUCUUUCUCAAUUAAUUUUUAAAUUGAAUCUCCUAACCAAAGAACUGAUUACUCUUACACAUUCUACUUAGGAUAAUUUAAUGCUCUCCCUCUUAAAUAAUAAUAGUAAUAACAAAUCGAUCUCAUCGUUAAGCAUGAAUAAGAAGAUGAAAAUUUAAAAAGAUUGUCUUAAUCUCCUUUAAAUGAUCACAAUCAUAAUUAAAAUGAUGAAGCUCUUUCAACCAAAUCCCACUCUCCUAUUUAAGAAGAAACGUUAUAUGGUCAUUACUGUAUUCCUUAAGUUAUUCCUACCACAACAGUAACAACAUAAACGCGAACUACUAUCUAAGAUUAAAUGAAAAUCGAAGAUAAUGUUGAGACCUCUUUUGCUAGACAAAGAAAAGGAUCUAAAGUGUCUUCUUCUAGCAAUUUCAAUAAUAACAGCGAAGAAUCCUAGAGCACUGAAUUCUAAAAUAAUAAAAAGAGCAAAUUUGACAAGAAAAACGUUGUAAAAAAUUUUGUCAAGGCUUUCGACAGUUUCUUCUUAGACUCUCACAAUGAUCAAUUAGUAAUGAAUAUUGCAUAAAUCUAAAGCAGAGAUCAAUUAAAGAAAUAUAAAUUUGCCUACGAAAAGCUUGAAAAAAGCAUGAAAUACAACAAUAAAAUGAUCAUUGCCAUCAUUUAUUCUGAAUAUAAGGAUAUCUUCUAGCACUUUCUCUAAACUGAAGCAGAUAAAUGGAUCCAAAACAGCUCUGUUUUUGACAAGGAAGCUCACAGAGCCAUUUUAAAAGAUUACAUAAGAGCUGCUGAAAAUCCUAGAGAUAUUCCUAAAAUUGUUAAUCUUAGAAUCAGAAAUAGAGAUGCCAACUGCAAGCUUAAUUUGUGA